UCUAUUGCCAGAAACGCGAAUAUUACCAGAGAAAAGUUAGUCAGUUUCGCGAAAACCCAGACGGUGCUGAUGCUGCCUGAUGAGAGGGAAUACAAACUUGCAAAGACAAUUUUGAAGUGGAACGAUGUUCUGCUGUCCGUUCUUGAAGCGUUUUAUGUCCAUUACCUAUGUGACUACCUCUACCAGCUAGCUUGCACUUUCACUGAGUUCUAUGACGGUUGCUACUGCAUAGAGAGGAACUCAUCUGGUGACAUAGUGAACAUUCGUAUGGAACGCAUGGUUUUGUGUGAAAUGACCGCCGAUGUGUUGGCAGUUGGCUUGGGUAUCUUAGGCAUAAGAACUAUUGAAAAGAUGUAG